AUGACAACUGUGAGAGCACUAAUAGGAACUGCUGUAAAGAAAGGUUGGCAGAUGUUCCAGUUAGAUGUCAACAAUGCCUUCCUUCAUGGAGAUCUCCAUGAGGAAGUGUACAUGCAAAUACCUCAGGGCCUAGCAGUUGACAAACCAGGUUUAGUAUGCAAGUUAAACAAGUCCCUAUAUGGUCUCAAACAAGCAAGAACCCAUCAAGAAGAGAUUGAUUCUCUGAAAAGUUUUCUGCAUGAAACUUUCAAGAUAAAAGACUUAGGGAGGCUACAUUACUUCCUGGGAAUGGAAGUGCUUUAUAAAGGAGAUGGAGUGUUGAUAUCUCAAAGAAAAUUCACUAUGGAUUUACUGAAAGAGUUUGAAUGUACCCAAUAUUCCAGCCUAUCAUCACCUCUUGAUCCCUCCACAAAGCUAAAGGCGGAUGAAAGUCCUUUGUUAGCUGAUCCUUCCAACUACAGAAAAUUAGUAGGUAAGCUAAAUUUCUUGACAAAUACAAGGCUUGAUAUAUCCUUCAGUGUCCAGCACCUUAGUCAAUACAUGCAAUCACCAAGAGAGAGUCAUCUGAAAGCUGCCUACCAUGUCUUGAGGUAUCUAAAGGGUGAUCCAAGCCUGGGAAUUUUCUUUUCUAACAGCAAGGAUUAUGGAGUAAAAGCUUUUUGUGACUCAGAUUGGGCAGCAUGUCCUGAAACUAGAAAAUCAGUCAGUGGUUACAUUGUGUUACUUGGCAAUAGUCCCAUCAGCUGGAAAUCAAAGAAGCAGUCCACCAUUUCUUUGUCUUCAGCUGAAGCAGAAUAUCGAGCAGCUAGACAGGUUGUGGGUGAGCUAGUUUGGUUGGUUACACUGCUCGAGGAGCUGACUGUACCUGUGAAUCUUCCUAUUCCAGUAUUUUGUGACAGCCAAGCAGCCUUACAAAUAGCCAGGAAUCCAGUGUUUCAUGAGCGCACAAAACACAUAGAAGUUGAUUGCCACUUUGUCAGAACCAAGUUGCAAGAGGGCUUGAUUCUUUACACCAUGUUUCCACCAAUGAGCAGCUCGCAGACAUCUUCACCAAGUCCUUAA